GCUGCAGCGCCGUGACAGCUACCAGGCGCCUGGCUCCUUGAAUAGUUGCAAAGAAACUUCUGUUCUUUCUAUCAAAAUGAAGUAUGAUUUUAACUAUAACCAUGUUCAUUCUGGAGUUAAGCUGGUAAAACCGGAUGACAGUGGAAGGCUAGGUUCCUACACUUCUGCAUGUUUGGAAAGUUCUAAUAAAGACUGCAUUAAAGACUAUGAAAGGCUAUCAGAUAUCGGGUCACCUAUUGUGAGCCCCAGGAUUGUAGAACUUGAAACUGAGAACAAACCCUUGCAUAACAAGGAAAAUCAACAUGUGCAACCAACACUUAAUAGAUCAAAUGAAAUAGAAGAACUAGAAACCAAUGGACCUUAUGAAGACAGUGGCUAUUUUUCGUUUUCCCAAAAGAGUAUCCUGGAUGAACAGGAAGAGGCUAGCCUUUCCCUAGAAGAAAAUUGCAAUGGCAGUCCACAGUCUUGUCUACCUCAGACUCAAAGCCCAGACCAAUAUCCCAACAAAAACUUGAUGCCAGCUCUUCAUUUUGCAAAAGUUGUUUGUUCAACAUUAAAAAAGAGUUCCAGACGGAAUCAUAAAAUAGAUUGGGAGAAGCUAAAGGAGUAUGAUGUAGGUUUUCGACUACAGAAUAUAAUUGGCAGAAAAAUGGGCCUAGAAUAUGUAGAUAUUCUCAGUGAACUCUUUCGAAGGGGACUCAGACAUCUCUUAGCAAAUAUUUUAACACAGCUCAGCGAUAUGGACUUAAUCAAUGUGUCUAAAGUGAGCACAACUUGGAAGAAGAUUCUAGAAGAUGAUAAGCGAGCAUUGCAGUUGUACAAUAAAGCAAUACAAAGAGUUACUGAAAAGAACAUUAAGUUUUCAUCACAUGCUUUAACCAGAGAAUAUGGUAUGUUUAGAACUGCAUUAGCUUCUGUUCAAAAAUCAGCAGCCCAGACUCCCCUCAAAAAUGAUGCUCAAGACAAGUUAUCUGAUCCAGCUGAUAAGAAAGGUUCUACUUAUAGUUGGCACAGUGAAUUCUCUGAGGUUGCCAAGACGUUGAAAAAGAAUGAAAGCCUCAAAGCCUGUAUUCGCUGUAAUUCACCUGCAAAAUAUGAUUGCUAUUUACAGAGGGCAAUCUGCAACAGAGAAGGCUGUGGGUUUGAUUAUUGUACAAGAUGUCUGUGUAAUUAUCAUACCACCAAAGACUGUUCGAAUGGCAAGUCUCUAAAAGCCAGUUGUAAAAUGACUCCUCUGCCUGGUACUAAGAAAAGCAAGCAGAAUUUACGACGAUUGUGAUAUUUUAUUAAUAUCUGUUAUAGCUGAUUAUGAAGGUUAGUCAGAAAAUGUUAGGUUUUAAUUUAAAAAAUUAGUAAGAAUAUUGUGAUUUUCAAUUUUAUGUUGAAUUGAGUACCCGGCAAGGGAUUUCUGCCCCCCUUCUAAGUGGAGGAUGCAAACCUCUUAAAAUAUUUUAUAAUUUAAUGUGAAAAAGUUCAAAGUUCUCAGCAUAAAUCAGGAAAUUUAAAUAUUUUAAGAAAAAAAUAUGGACACCUUAUAUUUGUUUUAGAGAUAAAAUAAAAUUGAAUGUUUUAAUAAAGGAGCUCAUGUAAUUUUACCUACACAAUCUUACCUAAAUUUUGUUUGCCAUCUAUUAGUAUUUGAGACAUUUUAUUUGCCUUACCAAAUUAAUGUCUUUUGAAGUAGCAAGUCUGGAGUCUUAAUUUAAAUGUUUUGUCACAUUUCUUUAAUGUCUUUUUCAGUGUGUAUAUUUCCAUGUGUCCUUUGUGAAAUCCUGUUUGCCUUGAUAUGUAAAGUCUGUAUGUUUUAAUAUUUUUGUAAAUAUGUAAAUAUUUCUAUUUUUAUGUGGAGAAAAUAAAUGAUUUGUAUAUAUAUGUAAAAAUAAAUUUUGUCCUGUUAUGAAUAAAAUUAUCACAAAUUUAAUAAAUGUGAACUUUUAUAUGUCUUA